GAAGGUGCGGAAGAUGUACUGCAUAACAUAUUUGUCUUUUUGUUAGUUCAUUUGCCCUUUAUCUUUGCGUUUCCGUCUAGUCUCUCUCUACCCCAGUCUUCGUCACCAUCUCCUCCAAAAUGUCGUCGAUCGGCGCGCGGGAGCUGCUUCUCACUCCCCCACUGGCUCCGUCCCGCUGCCCCCGGCGCAGAGCAGCCUCCGUCGCUCCAUACGCCGCCAACUCCAGCACCACCGCCUCCCCCUUCACCAUCAAAUGCGACCUAUCCUCUUCCAACCAAAACCCUGAACCCCUAAAUCGCACAGCAUUCUCUAAACCCCUCUAUACUCUCGGUAAAACCCUAGCAUUCUCCGCCGCCGCCACUACCGGCUUCCUCGUCUAUCUAUCCCCUCUCCCUUCUCUUGGCAAUGGCUCCGGCAGCGGCGGAGGCGGAGGCGGAGGAUGGGGCGGUGACGGCGGCGGGGAUGGAAGCGGCGGUGGCGGCGAAUUCUGGUCGAGACUGUUCUCUCAGCCCGCCAUGGCCAGAGAGGACGAGUCCGAAUCAUCCCAAGAAUGGGACUCUCACGGCCUCCCUGCCAACAUCGUUGUCCAACUCAACAAGCUCAGCGGUUUCAAGAAGUACAAGAUCUCGGAUAUUCUGUUCUUCGAUCGCCGGAGAUGGACUACUGUGGGCACCGAAGAUUCGUUCUUCGAAAUGGUAUCUCUUCGACCUGGUGGCGUUUACACCAAAACUCAACUUCAGAAGGAACUCGAGACCCUGGCAACGUGUGGAAUGUUCGAGAAAGUGGAUCUCGAAGGGAAAACCAAUCCGGACGGGACCAUAGGGGUGACGAUAUCGUUCACGGAGAGCACGUGGCAGUCAGCGGACAAGUUCAGGUGCAUCAACGUGGGGCUUAUGCAGCAGUCGAAGCCCAUAGAGAUGGACCCAGACAUGACCGAUAAGGAGAAGCUGGAUUACUUCAGGAGCCAAGAAAAGGACUACAGGAGGAGAAUUGAGAGGGCGAGACCGUGUCUAUUGCCAGUGGCGGUGCACCAGGAGGUGCGGCAGAUGUUGAGGGAGCAGGGGAAGGUGAGUGCGCGGUUGCUCCAGAGGAUCCGGGACCGGGUUCAGAAGUGGUACCACGAUGAGGGGUAUGCGUGUGCGCAGGUUGUCAAUUUUGGGAAUUUGAACACAAAGGAGGUCGUUUGUGAGGUGGUGGAAGGGGAUAUUACGCAGAUGGUGAUACAGUUUCAGGAUAAGCUUGGCAAUGUAUGUGAGGGGAACACCCAACUUGCUGUUGUGAGGAGAGAAUUGCCCAAACAGCUUAGACAAGGACGUGUUUUUAACAUAGAGGCUGGAAAGCAAGCUCUGAGGAAUAUAAAUUCUUUAGCAUUGUUCUCUAACAUUGAGGUCAACCCCCGACCCGAUGAGAAGAAUGAGGGUGGUAUUAUAGUUGAAAUCAAGCUUAAAGAACUAGAACAAAAGACAGCUGAAGUUAGUACCGAGUGGAGCAUAGUUCCUGGACGGGGUGGGCGCCCCACGCUGGCUUCAAUCCAGCCUGGUGGAACUGUUUCCUUUGAACACAGGAACAUCAAAGGGCUAAAUAGAUCAAUACUUGGUUCAGUUACCACUAGCAACUUCCUAAACCCUCAGGAUGAUCUUGCCUUCAAGCUUGAGUAUGUGCAUCCUUACUUUGAUGGUGUAUAUAAUCCUCGUAACCGUUCUUUCCGAGCCAGCUGCUUUAACAGCCGGAAGCUGAGUCCAGUCUUCACUGGAGGGCCAGGAGUGGAUGACGUUCCUCCUAUAUGGGUUGAUCGAGCUGGCGUCAAAGCAAACAUUACAGAGAAUUUUACUCGCCAGAGCAAAUUUACAUAUGGACUUGUGAUGGAAGAGAUAACAACACGUGAUGAAAGCAGUCACAUUUCUCCACAUGGUCAAAGGAUGCUGCCAAGUGGUGGAAUUAUUGAUGGACCUCCAACCACUCUCAGUGGUACUGGCAUUGACCGAAUGGCAUUUCUGCAAGCAAAUAUCACACGUGAUAACACCAAGUUUGUAAAUGGAGCCAUAGUCGGUGAGAGAAAUGUGUUUCAAGUGGACCAAGGCCUGGGCAUAGGCAGCAAGUUCCCAUUCUUUAAUCGCCACCAGCUGACAUUGACACGCUUUAUCCAGUUGAAGCAAGUGGAGGAGGCUGCCAACAAACCACCACCCCCAGUACUUGUGCUUCAUGGCCACUAUGGUGGUUGUGUGGGAGACCUUCCCAGUUAUGAUGCUUUUACACUUGGAGGGCCAUAUUCUGUGAGGGGUUACAACAUGGGAGAAUUGGGGGCAGCCAGAAACAUCGUUGAGCUUGCUGCUGAGCUGCGCGUACCUGUGAGAAAUACACAUGUGUAUGCAUUUGCGGAGCAUGGAAAUGAUUUAGGAAGUUCAAAGGAUGUCAAAGGGAACCCAACAGAGGUUUACAGGCGGAUGGGUCAAGGUUCAUCAUAUGGUGUUGGUGUCAAGCUAGGUCUGGUACGGGCCGAGUAUGCUGUCGAUCAUAACUCUGGGACUGGUGCAGUGUUCUUCCGGUUUGGAGAGAGAUUUUGAGAUGGCUCUGUAGCUCUGAAAUUUUGUAUGGUAAAUUAAUACUAUUAGGUGUUUGAGAAGACUCAAAAAGCUUUUUAUUUUUUUAUUUUUUGCUUCAGUUGCUCAACGAGAUUCAUGGUUUAAUAAAUGUGAAAUUUUUAUUAAAGAACUAAAGUUACUCGCCCAUUAUUCUUUUCUCUGGCUCUGUAAGAACUAAGAAUUAUGAUGUUGGAUUGUCCAAUUAGUAAAUUCUCUAGUUUUUAAUGGUGUA